AGCCAGCCAGCCAGCCAGCAUCCGCGUGUCGGAUUGUCGGAUGCGCAUUGAUCCCGCCCGUUGUUUGAGCGUUUCAGUGUUCAGUGCGCUGUAUGUGCACCGUGUGCGUGCACUGAGUGUUUGUGUGUGUGUGUGUGUGUGUGCCUGGAUGUGUGUCUAUGUGUGCGCUGGUGUAUUGCGCAUUUGAAUAUCCUCCGGUGUUCCGGAUUAUCUCGAGCGCGCAUUUCGCGGCUUAGGUCCUGUGUAGUGUCCGACGCGCGCGACAGUGUAUGCUAGUGUGUGUGUGUGUCCGCGCACGGUCGAGAGAAGAAACGGUACAAAAAAAAAAAAAAAAGGACCCAGGACCCAAGGUGUGACAAGCGACAAGUGACAAUAACCCCAAACCGCAAGCCCGGAAGCAAAGGACGCGCCACGCUCUUCGUCAUCUAUCAAAAACGCGCUCUCGCACCCAUUCGCGUCAUCAUCAACAUCAUCAACACCUGAGUGCAAGGACGCCACACCAGCCCCCCCUCCCCCUUGUCGAAGGAAGAGCACUAGGAGCCUGCGAUGCGGCUAACGUGCGUGUGGUUGCUGGCCCUGCUGGGCACCGUCCUAGUGGUGACGGUGGCGGCCAAGGAGGGCGCCGACCGGAAGCUCAACAUUGAUCCGGCGCUGCGCAAGGCACUGCUGCGCGCCCUGCGCCAUCUGAAGGAGCGGCAGGAGGAGGAACGGCAGGAGCAGGAGCUGCUCGGCGAUGCCAACACGACGGAGGAGAACUACGCCACCACCAUUCUGGACGAGAUACUGGAGGAGAGCACGGUCGAGGAGGAGAACGGUCAGCUCAGUGAUCUGCCCGCCAGCAACAUCGACUACCAUACGUACGUUGCAGCCGACAGUAGCAGCAGCAGCAACGGCAACAAGGUUGCUGAACCCGGGCUAGCAACAGCGGAGACGGGCAAGGGUGUGUCGGUGGCGAGCGACGAGCGCGACGCUAAUGAGAUCAUCAAGACGAUCAUCAUCGCUAAACCGAAGGCCAACCUGAGCCCGCCGAAGCAGGAAGCGGACAAUGAGAUCGAACCAGUGGCAGCCCUCAUCACCGAGGCACCGGGUACGCCGGUGGCACUCCCGGUUAGCACUAAGACAACGACGACGACGACGACGACAACGACGACAACGGCGAGCACUACUACCGGGCGCCCAGUGCCAACCACCGAGGCACCGACGCACAACGAGGAUGGCGAGAACAUUGAGCAGGUCAAGUCGGAGGAUGUGAAGAUACAGCAGGCCCCACUGGUGGCCGCCUUCACCGUACAGCAGGAUCAGCUCGGUGUACCACGGAACGUCAUACCGCUACUGCAGACACCACCGAAGCAAACCUCACCUUCUCAGCAACAGCAACAGCCGCUGCAGCAACAGCAGCAGUUACCAUCGGUCCAGAGUGCCGUCGAGUUUCAGCCAUCGGUGCAGCCACCGACGAGUCAACCGCUGCUGGCACCACUCGCACCAUCACUGAGUACGCGGGCACUGGAGGAGAAGACGCGGCUGCUGGAGCAGCAGCUGAUCGCGCUGCAGAAUGCGCAGCGCGCCCAGGAGCAGCUGCUGCGGGCGAAGAUCCAGCAGGAACAGGCCAUCAUCCAACAGCAGCAACAGCAGCUGCUACAGCAGAAGCAGCGGCUCGAGGAGGAGACCCGGCUACGCAUCCAGCGGUUCGAACAGGAGCAACGCCUAUUCCGUCAACAGCAGCAGUUCCAGCAGCAACAGCAGCAGCAGCAGCAGCUCUUCCAGCAAGGACCAUUCAAGCCACAGGCACUACCUCUACAGCAGCAGCAGCAGCUGCCGCUGCAACAGGCACCGCAGCCUACCUUCAUCCAGGAGCUGCCACGCCCCGGUCCGGCUGUCCAGUUCAUACCGAGCGUGAGCCUGCCAGGUGGCAAACCGAUUCCCAUCUCCGUGGAGCAGCAACUUCCCUUCAAGGAAGCCGUUGACUUCCAGCAACAGCAGCAGCAGCAGCAGCAGCAACAACAGCAACUACAAUCCCAAGGUCCAAAGACGACCACCUCGAUCGAGCAGGUAAAGGCUAUCAGUCCUCAGCAGCAACAGCAGCAGCAGCAGCAGAACCUGCUACCGCCUCAGCUAGCGCGUGACCAGCCGUUGCCACUGAAGCCAUUCCAGCCAUUUAACCUGUUCCCGGUGCUACCACCACUGCAGCUACCACUGGCACCGCUAGCGGCGGCCGGACCGAGCCCAUUCGACCAGCAGCUCCUGCCGCUGCAGCAGCGUAACCGGGUGUUCCGCCAGGAACCGGCAACCGGCAACGCUGGCCUCAACUUUGGGCCUCCACAGCAGCAGCAGCAACACCAUCACCACCACCACCACCAGCAGCAGCAGCAGCAGCAGCAGGUACCGUUCCGGCCAUCACAGCCGCUCAGCGAUAGCCAGAACCUGCAGAACCUGCUGUUCCAGUCCGGCAUCACGUCCCGCUCGGCCGAGGACUUCAACAUCAUCACCAAGGUGCUCGCCCUCAACCACGGCAUUCCGCAGGCCUCCUCGCAGCGCAUGUUCGCCAAACUGAGCCCGGAGCAGCAGCGGCAGCUGCUCUUCCGGAAGUGAGCCACAAACUAGCAGUAGUCCGCCCCCUUUGAGCAGUACCAACCAACCGCUCAUGCGAGCAGCGCAUCCCCUUUCUUGCUCCUUUUUUUUGUCCUCCGGUCACAAGUUUUUUUUUUAUUUUUAACCUUUGUCGUGCAUUAGAGUGUGUGUGUGUGUGCAGGCGGUGUGUGCGGUGUGGCUGGGAUCGCUCUGCCAUAUUUAUUACUGGUCCCCGCCCCCCCUCCACCACCCUUGGGGGUGGUGCAGCCCUACUAUCUAGCGCAUCCCUCAACCCUUACCCCCACCCCUUCGUGAUCUGCCCUAUCACGGCCAUCACGCUCACGGGAAACAGCUCUCAGCUCGACUCAUUCCUUUCUUUCAUGCCCCACACCCUUUACCCACGCACACCGAAAAAAAAAAGCACACACACACACACACACACACACAUCAUCGAAUUUUCAUCAUUCUCGCACGAAUGCGUUUUCAUGUUAUUUAAGCAUUACACGACACGACAUGAGCAGAUGACGGAAUAGGAGAAGAAGGAGAAGGAUGAGGUAGAGGGCGGGGAGCGGGGUCGGGAAA